CACGCCACGCCGCAAAGCAACCAUAGGCGGGACUCGAGGUGCGCUGCUUCAAAACUCGAUUUGCCGCCGCUCUGCGCUUCAUUCCUCGUUAUCAUAUUGGAACGAAGGAGCGUUUCGUACGGCUAAGCAAUGCUCGACAUGGCUUCACACGACGUCCUAAGAGCAGGCCUACAGCAGACGCCUUCAUCUAAUGUUGCAAAUAUUUAUUCGCAACGUUCGACAGCACCCAGCUUCACGGAUUACGUGAACUUCGACCCGACGUUUGCGACUCAUCAACAGAGCGCAGCAGCUCUGUAUCAGUCGUUCCACGGCUGGCCGUCGACGUCGAGCUCUUCCGCUCAUCAACUGGCUGGGCACUCUGCCACUGCAGCGCACACCUCUCCGUUAGCUCAUCAGAUGAUCAAUCCUGCCGCGAUGGCUCAGGUCAUGCCAGGUAUGAAUCCAACGUUCAUGUCGCCGACCGACCGUCGCUUUGCUGUUGCGCCACCGUCGUGGGUGAGUCCAACAACGACAAGCGCCUUUAGUCCGGCCGCUCUCGGUCAGCCACACGGUCAACCCGUUCACGUCAUCAGCCAAAGUCCUGCCUCUUCGACGCCGUUACCGGUCAGUAGUUCUACGUCGUCACCGACCGGUGAACGCAGUCAGUCGAGUGCCAACGCAUGGGGUCAGUCGUGCAGUCGUCCUGGUGAUCAGACGAGUCAGACGACACCAGCAGAAUUGGAGCAGUUUGCGAGGCUCUUCAAGCAGAAGCGCAUAAAGUUGGGUUUCACUCAAGCUGACGUAGGACAAGAGCUCACCAACUAUGGCAAUCCGUUCAGUCAGACAACCAUCUGCCGAUUCGAGGCAUUGCAGCUGAGUUUCAAAAAUAUGCUCAAACUCAGACCUCUACUACAACGAUGGCUAGAAGACGCAGAAAACAACUCUGUAGGAAAUCGAGUCGGAGAAAAGGUGCAGUUCAAAAAACGCAAGAAGAGAACAUCGAUCGAGUCGAGCACUAAAGCCAUGCUAGAAAACCACUUCUGCCUGCAUCCCAAGCCAUCAGCUCAAGAGAUCAGUAACAUGGCGAAUUCCCUCAAGCUCGAAAAGGAAGUCAUACGAGUUUGGUUUUGCAAUAGGCGACAAAAGCAGAAGAGGAAUACUCAUGAAUCACCCGAUAAUGGGUGUUUGAAAGACUCUAGUAAGGUCGGCUGGACUCCAGCGACCCCUCCUAUUACAAUGGCGACUUCUAUUCAUUCGUAUCCGAUCCUGCAGCAGGCUGGAACCCCCAUCAAAGCAGAAGGCCAGGUGGAGACCAAUGCCUGACAUGAUUGGAGAACAAAUUAGUCACAGAGGUAGAUAGUCCAAUAUCUAUUAUGAGCAGGGAGCUUGCAAGUUGCAGCAGUCAUUGAGUGAAGUUCUGUUAUAUAUAUACAUAUAUAUAUACAUACGUGUAUAUAUAAGGGACAGUGGAUCUUGCACUGAACACUCUUUUUUCGUUGGCACUGCAAGCAAGCACUUUAGCUGCAGAACAUGUUGUGUGGAGCACAUAUUAAACUGCGACUUGCAAAUUUCAUUUUAUAUAUUCUUAUUUUUAUGUGCAAAGCAAGUAUCUUUGCAUGGCAUUGCAGUUUUGUUGGCUAUUAUAUAUAAUGGAGUGUAAUAGAAGAGAGGCAAUUGCA